GGUGGCAGCGACGCAGGUUGGUGACGUCACGGCUUGUUGUUGCUUGGCGCGGGGAAGAUGGAGGCGGAUUGUGGGGUGUCAGCUCAGCUACUGAAGGAGUUCCUUUCCAUCACCGGAGCCAGUGAAAGUGUGGGCAAGCACAUGCUAGAAGCAUGCAAUCAUAACUUAGAAAUGGCUGUCACUAUGUUCCUGGAUGGCGGUGGUGUUGUAGAGGAGCCAAGCACAAGUUCUGCAGGGGCAUCCAGUGCCCGCCCUGCUGACGAAGAUGAAGUGCGCGCACCAAUUCCACAGAAACAAGAAAUCCUGGUGGAGCCUGAAAUGUUUGGCGCUCCUAAAAGGCGAAGACCAGCACGUUCAAUAUUUGAUGGCUUCCGGGAUUUUCAGACGGAGACCAUUCGCCAGGAGCAGGAGCUGCGGAAUGGAGGAGUGGUGGAUAAAAAACUAACUACAUUGGCUGACCUGUUCCGACCGCCUGUAGAUCUUAUGCAUAAAGGAAGUUUUGAGACGGCCAAGGAAUGUGGACAACUAAAGAACAAAUGGCUGAUGAUUAACAUACAGAAUGUGCAGGACUUUGCCUGCCAGUGCUUGAAUCGGGAUAUAUGGAGUAAUGACAAUGUAAAGUCUUUAAUACGUGAACAUUUCAUCUUCUGGCAGGUAUAUCAUGACAGUGAAGAAGGACAGAGGUAUAUUCAGUUCUACAAGUUAUCCGAUUUCCCAUAUGUUUCUAUUCUGGACCCUCGCACAGGUCAGAAGAUGGUUGAGUGGCAAAAAUUAGAUGUGAGUUCCUUCUUGGAGCAAGUUACUGGAUUUUUAGGGGAGCAUGGCCAGCUUGAUGGUCUCUCCAGCAGUCCACCUAAGAAGCGACCGCGUUCUGAGAGCCUUAUAGAUGCCAGUGAAGACAGCCAACUAGAAGCAGCAAUACGUGCAUCUCUGCAGGAAACCCACUUUGACUCUACGACAACAAAGAAAACUUCUCAAUACGAGGAGGAGUCAGACCCUGAGCUAUACUCUGGUAGUGAAGAAUUUAUCUCUGUAUGUGGUUCUGACCACGAGGAUGAAGACGAUAGGCCUGUGGAAACAUUGCCAGAGCCAGAGACUUGCACCAGUAAAGCUAAGAAGGCCACAUCUAAAAACGCCAAUCACAGAGAGGAGGAGGAGCCGUCAGAACCUAUAGAAGAUGCCACAGUGGAACCAGACGUUUUAAGCCAGCAAGCACCCCUAGAAACCCCUACCAAAUCUCUGGAUCAAUCUUGUACAGAAGAACAUAGCAGGGAUCCUGACCAUGCAGGAGAUUGUCCUGAUAAUAAUGGACCAAAAGCAAAGUUAAUGUUACGAUAUCCUGAUGGGAAAAGGGAACAGAUUACGUUACCAGAGAAAGCCAAAUUAAUGGCUUUGGUAAAACACGUUCAGCUAAAUGGUUACCCCAACGAGCGAUUUGAGCUCCUAACAAACUUUCCCAGACGAAAGCUGUCACACUUGGACUACGAUAUCACUUUACAAGAAGCAGGCUUGUGUCCUCAAGAGACGAUAUUUGUACAGGAAAGGAACUAAGAACCCUCUCUUCAGUUUCCCCACUUUCACCAUCUGUUACUUUGCCACUCCUACUAAAUUUUGGUCCCUUCUUUGUGUCUCAUCAUUGGUUCAUAUUACUUGGGAAUGGAAAGCUUCAGAGAUACAUGGGACUAUUGAGGAGAGCGUAGAGCUGUACACUGUGAAGACACAGGAUGUUCGUACAUUGGAACUCUCCACACAUGUCACUUCAAGUCUUAUCUCUUUGUUACUAUUGGAUACAUCAGUGCACAUCCUUUCCUCUGUGAACACCAGGUACUACUCGCCACCCUUUCAGGAAAUGUACAGCUCAAGUUCUUUCUGGAUAGUCAUAUAUAUUUUUUUGUAUGAAUUUGGAAUUUUCAAGGAUAUUUUCCAGAUUGAUUAUUUAUUACUCGUUGCUGCAGAACCUGCAGAUGAGCUUUUGUUUUAUCUAAGACUGCUGUCAUUUUGCAUUUUUAUUUUCUUUCUUUUUCCAAUUAGAGACUUUUUGAAUCUCAGUUUUCUUUAUGUUCUACCAGAUUCAUUGAGGAAUAGUUGAUGCCAGAUAACAGAAGAGUCAGGACUGACCAUUCAGGAAAUCGGUUUACUAGUCACAUUGCUACUAAACAGAGGCCAAAAAUGAAAGAGGCACUCGGGUCCAAUAAGAUAUCUGCUCAGAAGGUUGCAGGCCUGCUUGAAAAUGGCUGUAUGAUGCUUUCAGUAAAAUGGUUCAUGAGAACUUGUUGUGGUGUGCCAUGAAAUGACAGUCUUAGUGAAUGUAAUAAGAACACACAA